UCUCCAUUGACAGUCACUCCUUCAAGCUCCCUUGACUCAUCACUGCUGCCAGAAGAUGCCUCAUCAUGAGCAGUGACAACCAGAGCUACUUCUGGGACCCCCCAAAGGACUUCAUUCUCCUGGGCAUUUCGGACAGGCCAUGGCUGGAGCUUCCGCUCUUUGUAGUUCUCCUGGUGUCUUAUGUUCUGGCCAUGCUGGGAAACAUCUCCAUCAUCACCGUGUCCCAGCUGGAUCCCCAGCUUCAGAGCCCCAUGUAUAUUUUCCUUAGCCACCUCUCCUUCCUGGACCUCUGCUACACCACCACCACCGUCCCUCAGAUGCUGGUCAACAUGGGCAGUUCCCAGAAGACCAUCAGUUAUGGUGGCUGCACCGUGCAGUACACCAUUUUCCACUGGCUGGGCGGCACUGAGUGCAUUCUCCUGGCCGCCAUGGCUCUGGACCGCUACGUGGCCAUCUGUGAGCCGCUCCGGUAUGCCAUUAUCAUGCACCGCCUGCUCUGCCAGCAGCUGGUGGCGAUGGCCUGGCUCAGCGGUUUUGGCAACUCCCUUGUUCAGGUCAUCCUGACAGUGCAGCUGCCUUUCUGUGGGCAGCAGGUGCUGAACAACUUCUUCUGUGAGGUGCCAGCCAUGAUCAAGCUGUCCUGUGCUGAUACCACAGUGAAUGAUGUCACUCUGGCUGGGCUGGUGUCCUUCUUUGUGCUGGUCCCUCUGGCCCUCAUCCUUCUCUCCUAUGGCUUCAUUGCUCGGGCAGUGCUGAGGAUCCAGUCCUCCAGGGGACGACACAAGGCCUUUGGGACCUGUUCUUCCCAUUUGCUGGUGGUUUCCCUUUUCUACCUACCUGCCAUCUAUAUGUACCUGCAGCCCCCAUCCAGUUACUCUCAAGAACAAGGCAAGUUUAUCUCCCUCUUCUACUCCAUAGUCACCCCCACCCUCAACCCUUUCAUCUAUACCUUGAGGAAUAAGGACGUGAAGGGGGCUCUCAGAAGACUCCUGGCAAGGAUUGGGAGGCUGUGUGGACGGUGAAGGUCUAACCUGGGAAGAGCUGCAUAAAUCAUAGAAGGCUGAGAAAGGACUCUGGGAGGUGGGGGUAUACUUC